AUGGCUGAAAAUUAUGAAGGUUUUUCUGAACUUAUUUCAUCAUCUCCACCAUUUUCUUUAAAUGCAAAUAUUAAUAUAAGAGAUAAUCAAACAAAUUUUUUAGAUGAUGUACAAACUAAUACUUCUGAGGAUACACCAGUUUAUAGUUCUGAAGCAAAUACAUUAUCUGGUCGUCUACCUUCAAAUAUAUGGACCUAUGUUACAAAAGAUGAAAAAAAAUCAUCUGGACAUUAUUCAGCUACAUGUAGAUGUAAAAAGUUUUGGAGUGUUGGUAAACCUAGAGAAAUUGAAGCUCAUAUUGCCAAUCAUUGUCCUAAUGCAACUAAAGAUAUUAGACAGUAUUAUUUAAAUUUAAUAACUUCAAGAACUAGUAUAUUAACUGAAGAAAGAAAAGAAAAAAUCAAUAAAGCUUUAAUUAGAACAUUUAUAAUGUGUGGUAUUCCUUUUAAAGUUAUUGAUAGCCCUUUUAUGAUUGAGCUUUUAAAAGAAUUACGUCCAGCAUAUUCACCUUCAUCAAGAAAAAUAUUAUCUGGAAAUUUAUUAGAUCAAGAAAUUGCUUAUAUAAAUCAAAAACUUGAUCAGCAAUUAGAAAAUUCUAAAAAUUUAACAUUAGAAGAAAUUAUGCAUCUAAAUACUUUUAAUAAUGAAAAUAUAGUAGCUAUAACUAGUCAAAAUAUUGAACUUCAAUCUGAUGAAAAUACUAAUUACAAUCCAAUAAAUUUAGUAACUAGAUUUUUAGAAAAUGAAAAUAUUGAAAAUAAUGAACAAGUAUUAAAUGAUGAAAUUACUGAAAAUAUUAUUGAUGAUAAUAAUAUUACAGAAUAUAGUAAUAAUGAAUAUGAGGAUCAAGAAUUAAAUAAUGAAUAUGAAGAUCAAGAAUUAGAUAAUGAAUAUGAAGAUCAAGAAUUAGAUAAUGAAUAUGAAGAUCAAGAAUCAGAUAAUGAUAAAAGUAAUAAUGAAUUAGAUAUUGAAGAAAAUAAUUCUCAAACUAUAGUAAAAAAAAAUUUUACAAAAAAAUUUAAGUUUCGUAAACAACAAUCAAAAAAUUAUAAAGAAUAA